AUGUCGUCAAAUCUUCCGACAACAAAUAUGCCAAUGUCGAUCGCGCACUUUGAGACGGACCCUCGAAUCCACUACAACACGGUAUCGCAGAAAUGGGAAUUCGAGGACGAUGAUGGAAAUGAAAUGGAGUGGGAUGAUGUAAAGAAUGCAUGGGUGCCACUGGUUGACGAGGAGUUAGUGCGGCAACAGCAAGCGGUGUACAGUGUAGCGGGUGUUGAUGAAAACGUGCGUGCCCCUUACUUUGAUUGUAUUGUUACUGAGGGCAAACGCGAUAAGACCCCAGCGGCUCCCGUCCUCGCGCGAGAGAACAAGAAACGCAAAGCGGGACAAUCGAACGGAGACAUUACGACUAGUGCAGGUCCUGCGAAGAAAAAGGGCAAAAAUGAAGGUUCUACGAAUACAAAACCCGCCUCUAAGAAUACAGCCGUCUUCGUCUCAAAUCUACCACGAGAUGCGACGGUGGACGAGAUUGCGGAGCGGUUUGGAAAAUUUGGUGUCAUUAUGGAGGAUGAUGCCGGCGAACCAAAGAUCAAAAUGUAUGCGGAUGACAAGGGAAACUUUAACGGCGAGGCCCUCGUCGUUUAUUUCAUGGAAGGAUCUGUCAAUCUGGCCGUCAAUCUGUUGGAUGAAGCGGAGCUCCGGUUGGGGGAUCAGAGCACCAUUAUGCGUGUACAGCCGGGCGAGUUUGGACACAAGCAAUCUGGGGGCGUUGAAGUCACCCGAAGGGUUGUUGACAAGAAGAAGGCAACAUCGAGGAUUGCAAAGCUAAAGAACAAAGUCGGGGACUGGGAUUUCGAUGAUGGUUUUGGUCCAACCGAAGAGCCAGUCCAAAAGGAACAAAUCAUCGAAUCGCGAGUCGUCGUCCUCAAACACAUGUUUACUCUCGAAGAAUUGAAAGAAGACCCGUCACUCUUACUGGACCUCAAGGAGGAUGUACGUGAAGAGGCAGAGACGAUAGGUGACGUUACCAACGUGGUCCUGUACGAUGAGGAACCCGAAGGCAUCAUGACCAUCAAGUUCCGGGACCCGAUCAGUGCCAAAGCUUGUAUCAUUAAAAUGAACGGACGCUGGUUCUCCGGGCGACAAAUCGAAGCAUCCUUUUUCACAGGGCGACAGCGCUUCCGCAAGAGUGGACACUCUGACGAGGCUGGAGACGACGCAAACGAAAAGGAACGACUUGCAGGAUUUGAGAAAUGGCUGAUGGCCGAAGGAGAGACGGCAUGA